AUGCAUUUCAGUAGAUCCGGGGCUAGCCCUCAAGUUAAGUGCACAAGAAAGAAUCUGCAAUAUCUUCACAUGGUUUGCACAUUGUUUCCUUUUGGAUUUUUUUUGCAGAGCAUGGCCUACUUAAAGCCUCUCCCAGCCCUCAGAAUAAUGUUCAGAUUCGGAGCUUAUUUGUUUGGUAGGAAUUUCGCAGUUAUCCUUAAUGUUCCUCUGUCUGUCAUCAAAUGUGUGCAGCAGCUGCAGGCGGAUCUGCGCGGAGGAACACGGUGUUCUCUCCGGGUUCUGACGGCGUCUCUGCCCGCUCUCAGCUGGGAGGUUCCCCCCAAGCAGCGGCUCAUCAUCUCGACCAAUAGGAGAGCAGAGAGGGUGCAGCAGCUGUGUGCAGAGCAGUGGAUCACUCGCUACAGAAUACCGGGACCCAAUUUACUCAGAAAGAGAGAGAGAGGGAGAGAGAGAUUAUAUAAUCUAAAAAUUAAAGUUUUUCAUAGGAAAUAA